AUGGUGUUGAAGCGAUCCAGACGGCGCACUAAUCCCCAGCGACAGCAACCUCCAGCAUCACCACCACCAUCACCCAGACCAUCAUCAUCAUCAUCAUCAUGGACCCGACACAUUACGCUGGACCUGCUGCUACUGAUUCUGGCCAACUCGGUGUUCCACCCGUGGAUCACGCUGGUGUUCUACCUGUGUCUGGCGGCGGUGCACAAGCACCGCGAGCCGCUGGCGUACGGGACGCUGUACUACACGGCGUUCCUGGCCGUGGUCGAGCUGGGGAUGUGGCUCAAUCACCGCCUUACGUACGGCUACCACCGCAAGGUCGAGUGGGAGGACGAGGUGGUGGUCGUCACGGGCGGCGCGCACGGGCUGGGCCGCGUGCUCGCCGAGAUGCUGCUCAGAAAGGGCGCCAAGGUCGCCAUUCUGGACGUCCGCGAGCCCGACGGGGACGCUUACGACGAGAUGGAACGCUGGGAUCUCAUCUGGAAGACGGCGGAUGUGAGGAAUUCCGAACAGGUGAAGGAGGCGGUGGACAGGGUGGUGAAGGAGGGGCUCACGAUGCAUGUCCAUCAGUUUGGCCCGCCGACAAUCCUGAUCAACAACGCAGCAACGGCCAUUAAUGGUCUGCCGCUGGCAUCCACCAUUCCUUACGGACCACCAGAAUCAGCCUUGUCCCCUCAACAAGCCACCCAAACUAUGACCACGAACGCCCUCGGCCACUUCCACGCCCUGUCCACUGUCCUCCCUCAUAUCAUCGAAUCCACCAAGGGCGGCCACAUCAUAACCAUUUCGUCGAUCCUCGCGCAUCUCACUCCGGCUAAAUUGGCCGACUACAGCGCCUCGAAAGCGGCCGUCUCGGCCCUCCACGACACACUGUGCCACGAACUCCGCACCCACCCGGACCCGUCCGUCUUUCACGAGGUGAAAACCAUCCUCGUCGAGCCAGGUCAACUAUCCACGGAGCUUUUCGCGGACAUCACGCGUGUGCCCUUUUACGCGCACUUUUUCGCACCAGUGUUGGAGGCCAAGGACGUGGCCAAGGAGAUUGUGCGGUGGGUGGAGAGAGGUGACGGCGGCGUCAUUCGUAUGCCCUUUUAUGCCAAAUGUGUGCCGCUUCUGGGAGUGAUGCCAGGGGCUGUCCAGAGAGUGGUGCGGUGGUGGAGCGGGAUCGAUAGGGCGAUCAUUGGCAGAAAGCAAAAAGAGACGUGGGAUUGCCCGUUCUGA